AUGUCUCUCCAGUACGGAGGCCUGAAUCCAAAUACUUCCAACCAUGGAAAUCAAGAAUACCAAGUUCCAAAGGCAAAUCAAGCAUGCAUGUCAUGCCGGAAACAAAAGCGUAAAUGCAACAAAGCUCUGCCAGCAUGCUCUCUUUGCGAGCGUAUGCAGCGAAUAUGCGACUACAGCGACAACCCGCCUACCCCUACUAAUGAUGACUUCGACGCUUUGCGAAUGAAGGUUAUGCAGCUCGAGGCCACUUUAAAUGGAAGAAAUGCCCUCAUGGGCCAGCCUAGUCCUUAUGCUGCCCCAUCUCCUGCUACCAUGGCACCCCCGGACGGUCUUGGUCAUCAGGUUCCCGCGUACAGUUCUCCUCACGAUAUCCCAUGGCAAGGUGUACAAAAUAGAUUUCCUGCUAUUGCUUUCCUUGAUAGUGAGACUUUCAAGUACGGAGGCAUUGCUGUCCCUACGCCAAGUGUCGAAAUACCAGGAGAUGUUAUCCAAAUCCUAAGAGAUGGUACCGAAAUCCAGGAAAUCAUUACGACCUACUUCAACUCUGUCCACAAAUGGAUGCCCAUUGUCUCACAAAAGCGCCUGACUCAAAACUUGGCAAAUCCUUUGUGGGAAGCCGGGCCAGAUCUAGCUCUUCUCUUCCUCUGCAUGAAGCUCAUCAUAUCUAGACCACAAGAUGGCAUUGAAUGCUCUCAUAACCCCAUCUACACCUCUGCUAAGCGAUUCGUUGCCUUGAUGGAAGCGACGGGCACCACAUCUCUCCUUGUGCUUCAAGCCAAUCUCCUAGUCACCUGGUUCGAGUACGGUCAGGCCAUUUAUCCGGCGGCUUCGAUGUCUGCUGGAUGGUGCAUGAGGUAUGGGAAUAUGCUUGGUAUCAAUGGCAGCAACGAGGCUGCUCAAUUGCUCGGACAGCCGGGUAGCUGGGCCGAGCAAGAAGAGCGCAGACGAACCUGGUGGGGAGUCCUCUUAGCUGAUAGAAUUGUGUCUAUCGGCAGCCAAUCAUACAUCAUCAACAGCCAAGAGCCCUUAGCCAACGACCCUCUGCCAGCUCACGACUAUGCCUGGGAAAACGGCGAGAUGUCAGCCUCCAUCGUCCGCACAGUUAACACACCCAUCUCCGAGUCCGUCGCCCCCUUCCCCCGCCUCUGCCAGGCCUCUAUCAUGAUGGGCCGCGUCCUCGCCCACCUCUACAGCAGCUCCCACCUCGAAGAGAAGCUCCGCCUCCUCCACGCCUCAAACCUCCACGCGGACAUCUCCAACCUCAUUCGCAUCAUCACCGACGAAUCAGCCAGCACAAAAGACUACCUCGGUCUCUGCGCCCCGCUCGCUCUCGCCUACAGCACGCUCUGCCUUCUCUGCGACAAAUACUCCUGCCAGACCUCAAGCACCUCUGUACCAAUCACGAGCUCGGAAGGAGCAGCUAUGCAGACGCAGGCGGCAGAGACACUGCGCAGUGUAUCUGCCAGCAUCGUGGAAUUCGCGCAGCAGCUUGAUGGCGCGACACCCGAGACGGCAGAUCUGGAUAUGGUCAGCCCGAUCAUCAUGGAUGCGAUGUACUCUUCAGCGGCGAACUAUGCGUGGAUGGUGAGAGAGAGUGGCGACGAGGGGUGCCAAAUGGCCUUGGAUUCAAUGAGGGAUUCCUUGCGGCGAUUGGGGAUUAGGUGGCGAUGUGCAGCCGAGUACUUGCGAAUCCUGGAGGGCAAGGAGUUCAUGUAUGCGGUCGGUACCGCGGCUUCUUGA